UGCGUAUUGUAGAUGAGAGAAUGAUGGGUUGCUUGGUUUUUGGCUGGAUUAGAGAUUUGAGAAACUGAGAAUCUUUCUUUCUUUUUUUUCGAAAGCCUGCCUACUGAGCUCAGUAUCAGUAACUUUGACAAUUUUCUUUUUCUUUUUUUAAAAAAAUCGGUGAAAACGGGUAUACCGGACCCAUUUUGCAGCUAUUCCCGGUUACGGCGUUAUUUCGCGGCCGUUACCCAAAUUUAUUCACACCGCGAUCUCAACGUUUAGCUAUUCGAAUCCCUUGAAAAAGGAAUAUCAUACAAUUAAAUUUUUUUUAUCACUAUCUACUUUGCUGUAGGCUUAAAGCUUAAGCUAAGGGAGAACAAUUAAACUGAUCGAACGAGCCAAAGCUUAAGUCCAGUUUUCGGCUUUUUUUCCUUUUUUAGGUCGAAUGGUGAUGGAUUGCUCACUGACAUUCAGAUUCCGAUAGCGAUGAUAUAAAAGAGAUUUGGUUGAAGGAGCCCAACUGUGCGACAACACCAAUGGCUGCUGCAAUGUGUUAAUCUUUUUGUGAGAACGUAAUUAUUUUGAUUUAAUUUUAUGCUAAUGGGUGAAGCUGUGAGGGGAGUGAUAGUAGACCAUGCGUUGCUUCAAUAUGGGACCAUACAGCCCGAGAAUUUCAAGAGCAACGGAACUCUUUCCUUGCUCCGCAAGCUCCGAUUUUCCAAUAUUCAAACGGCCAUUUCCUAUGUGUUGCCUGUUUCAGCUGAGCAAGUUAAUCUCCUGCAGACAAUGGCUAAGCUACACUCUUUUGAAUGCCUUCCUUUGACGGCAUCUUCCCUGGACAUUGCAUCACGUGAGAUUGCCCAAACUUGGUCUCAUAUCUCAGGCACCAUUUUGUAUCUCCUUCCUAACCAUGAUGCCUCUCCCAAAAUAACCUGCACAUACUUCUCAAUUGCUCUUGAUGAUGAAGUUACCAGUGUACUCCGCAAGUCAAACAGGAUUUAUAUGGAGAAAUUUGAAGAGCUUCCUUUGACUAUUUGCCGCCUAAAUAAAAAGGCAAUAAGCAAUGAUGUUGUGACGGUUGGUUACAUUAUGAAGCCUUCUCGCGAGGAAGAUUUCGCCAAGAGGGGUGCCUUGCCAAUGUGUCCAACUCCGAAUGGGUUGAUGUUUUUGCCCUUAACUUUUGAACUUCCUAUAUCAAAACAAUUAGAAGAGGUUGAUGUGAUUCUCCAUAAAGCAACUGAUGAAAUUGUGUCCAUUGAAUUAAAUAGCUCCUCAGAAUCUUCCUACCGGAUUGGUUACACGAAAGGAAUGCAAGAACUGCAAAGGCAUAUUGAAAAUCACAAUGACUGCUUCGAAGUUGAUCCACUUAAUAGUAUUUACCCUGUACUUGAUCGGUUAAAGAUCCAACAACUUUUACUUGGGCUAGAGGAUCUUAACGUAGGGGGACGCUGCAAAGUCAGGGCUCCUCACUUUCUCAAGGUUAACAGUUUUGAUGAACCUGAUUUGGUACAAAGACUGCAUGAUGCAACACUAUCUCUUCCAAGUAUAGUGAAACCGCAGGUUGCUUGUGGAGUAGCUGAUGCUCACAGUAUGGCAAUUGUCUUUAAAGUUGAAGACUUCAAGGUUUUGAAUGUUCCACUACCUGCUGUCAUUCAGGAAUAUGUUGAUCAUUCAUCCACUUUGUUCAAGUUUUAUGUUCUGGGUGACAGAGUUUUCCACACAGUAAAGAAGUCUAUGCCUAAUGCUGAUGUUUUGAUAAAAUCAUCCGAAAAAAAUGGAUCAAAACCUCUUCUCUUUGAUAGCUUAAAGUCUCUACCUACUUCCACCGCAAACCAGCAUUCUGAAGGUCGGGAUCCAUGCCUUGAUCUUGCGCUAGUAAACAAGGCUGCUGAGAGGCUUUCGAAGAGGCUGGGUCUUACUAUUUUUGGCUUUGACGUUGUUAUUCAAGAAGAUUCUGGCGAUCAUGUCGUUGUGGAUGUAAACUACCUGCCGUCAUUCAAAGAAAUUCCUGACGAUGUGGCUGUUCCUGCAUUUUGGGAUGCUAUUAAAAAGAAGGUAGAUUCGAAAGCAGUGAAGUAGCGAAGUAUGGCUCCUCUUCCCAUGGAGUCCCAUGAUUAGCAAGAGACAAGAAAAAGCAAAGCGGGUUUGGAUCCUGUCAAAACAAAAGCAGAGUGAGUUUGGAUUUUCCUUUUGUUGACAAUAAGUACAUGGUUUCAUUAUUGAGUCAAAUCCAUGUUGUAGCUUUAAGAAAUAAUAUAACAUGAGAGUUUUAAAUUAGAAGAUACGAAAAUUAGUUUGGUUAUGUUUUGGUAGAUGAAUUGUGGGAAUAAAACUGAUAAUUUAGUCCCCACCGUGAGGCUAAUUAGUCCAAACCUAGCCAAUUUAAUCCUCAAACUUUUGAAGCAUAAACAGAAAUGUAAAAUCAUUCACAAGAUUAAUGUUAAAACCAUAGAAAUGUGCUAAUGUGAAUCAAAUGCCACACAUCAUUUAAAAGUGGUGUCAGCAUUUGACUUGCACAUCAGCAACGGGUUUACUUUUAUUUCGUUAA